CCCCCCCUCCCGUCCUCCCUCCCUCCCUCCCCCCCCCCCUCCGUGCCAUGGACGACGUGCGCGGCGGCCGCGGCGCCCCGGCGGGCCGCAGCCGUAGCCCCAAGCGCCAGGCGGCGGCGGGGCGCCCCGCGGUGGCGGUGGUCGGAGGCGGCUUGGCUGGGCUGGCGCUGGCCCGCGCGCUGCAAGUGGAUUCCGUCACCGCGGCGGGAGCCGCGGUGAUCGUGCUGGAGGCUUCGGUGACGCUGUCGUCGCCCUUCGCCGGCGCCCUGACCAUUCACCAGGCUGCGGCGCGCGCGUUGCGCCGCCUGGGCCUCUGGGAGGAGUGGCUGCGCAUCCGGGAGGAGGACUCCCAGGAGCCUGACCAGAGUGAAGGCUGCGCUUCGAGGGAGGCCCUGCUGAACAUGCUGGCCGGCAGCCUCCGGCCGGGCACGCUGCGCCUUGGCUGCGGUCUGGUGGGCCUGCGCGACGCCGGCGGCCUGGGGCUGCUUUGCGAGCUGCAGGGUGGCAACGUGCUCGGGCCUUUCGACGUAGUCGUCGGCGCAGACGGCCUGCGCUCGUCGGUGCGCCGCCUGGCCGCCCUGCCUCCGCUGCGCCGCGCGCGCCUGCGGGUGCUGCUGCUCGGCGACGCGCAGCGCGAGUUCGGGCGAGAGCGGGAUCUCGGGCUGCGGCGCAUUCGCUCCGGCGCGAACGAGGCCCUCGAGAGUGCCGUCAGCCUCGCCGGGUCCCUCGCGGAGGCGUUGCACGGGCGCGGCGGGGCCGCCCCGCCCAGCGGCGCCGGGCCCGAGCCGCUCGGGGGGCUGCGCGCUCACAGCGCGGAGCUGGCCCUGUGCUGGGCCUCAUGGCUGCGCUACUCGGCGGGGGAGCUGGGCGCCAGGUGCCGUCGGAGGCCGCCCUGAUGCACGUGGGCGCGCGGCGUCCCGCGGCGGCCCUCGGAGCUGUGCCAUCCCGUGCUGCGCAGUGAGCGGGGCGCCA